UUCUUCCUCCUCCGCCUGCUUCUUCCCCUCCGGGCGCGUCGGCUUGGAGAGCCGCUGGGGGGCCCUUCUUCGCCGGCUCGGAACGGGGUCUUCCCGGGGUGGAGCCCGCCCCUCCUCGGGCCCCAUGGCAAGGCAGGGCUUCCCCUGGAGCUGGCCCGGCUCGGCUUUGGCGUUCCCCUUCCAAAAGGGCUCCUCCUUCCGGGAAGGGCUUUCCUAGGGGAUGCGCUUGGGAGGGCGCGUUGGAGGCCUGACUGGGCUCGCUCGCUCCCCGCCAUGGGCGACCCGCGGGCCCCGCUGCCCUUCCUCUCCCGGCUGGGCUUCGCCGUGGGACACUUCCUCAACGACCUCUGCGCCUCCAUGUGGUUCACCUACCUGCUGGUCUACUUCCACGCCGUGCUGGGGCUCAGCACCGGACACGCGGGCCUCCUCCUCCUCGCCGGGCAACUGGCCGACGGAGUCUGCACCCCGCUCGUGGGCUACGAGGCCGACCACUGCGGGAGGAGGAAGGCCUGGCACCUCGCCGGGACGGUGUGCGUCCUUCUCUCCUUCCCCUUCAUCUUCAAUCCAUGCAUCGGCUGUGCGGAGAACACCCCCGAAUGGGCAGCCCUGGUCUACUACCUCCCCUUUGUGGCCAUCUUCCAGUUUGGCUGGGCCGCCACCCAGAUCUCCCACCUCUCACUCAUCCCCGAACUUGCCUCCGACGAACACGAGAAAGUGGAGUUAACGGCCUUCAGAUAUGCCUUCACUGUCAUGGCUAACAUCACUGUUUAUGGGGUGGCCUGGCUCCUCCUGCAUUUCCAGGCCAGACACUCGGAUCACGUCGAGGACCUCGGGCACCACGAUAUCCCUGUAUUCCGGAACCUCUCUCUGAUUGUUGUUGGCGUGGGCGCCAUCUUUUCCUUCCUCUUCCACAUUGGGACCAAAGAGAAAACCCAUCCGAUCCAAUGGCAUCUGGAUCCAGAAGAAGAGACGCCACUUUUGCCGCCGGAUCGGAAGGCGCCUCUCCGCCGGGUCCUGCUUUGGAAACACUGGCUCUUUGCCGCUUUCUACCAGGUGGCGAUGCUGUACAUGGCCACCCGGCUCAUUGUGAACCUCUCACAAACCUACAUCGCCAUGUACCUCACCAACUCGCUGCUGCUCCCAAAGAGAUACAUUGCCACAAUCCCUUUGGUCAUGUACAUCAGUGGCUUCCUAUCCUCCUUCCUGAUGAAGACGGUGAACCGGCUCAUCGGCAGGAAUCUCACCUACUUCCUGGGGCUGCUGAUCAUUUUGGCCUUUGCUUCCUGGUUGACGCUGGUUGACCGGAUUGGGGUGGAGAUCUAUGGGGCAGCCGUCCUCCUCGGGGCCGGAUCAGCCACCAUUUUGGUGACCUCCCUCUCCAUGACGGCAGAUCUCAUUGGCUCCAACACGCACAGUGGGGCCUUCGUCUACGGGGCCAUGAGUUUCACGGACAAAGUGGCCAACGGGGUGGGAGUGAUGCUCAUUCAGUACAUGCAUCCUUGCCCGACAAUCUUCUGCUGCUCCGGAUGUGUGAACUUCUAUCACUGGGUGAUGGUGGCCGUCACAGGAGGCAUUGCUGCUGUGGCAACGCUCUUCCUUUGCUGCAUCAUGAUCUGGCCCAUUCGCGUCCGGUUCCAUGGUGUCUCUGUGUCUGGGAUGAUGGGAACCGGAGUCCAAGAGGCCCAGCUGCCAGAGGAAGCGGAGCCGUUUCUCGGGGUCAAUUAAGACCUUCAUCGUUAGGAAAGGGAACCAAACCCAGAUGAAAAGGGAACAGCACACUGCACCAAAGACUCAGAUUUUAAUGGGUUCUCCCCAUUGGACUUUCGACUCCAAGCGCACUUUGCACAAACUUUUUGCCACUGUUUCACCCUUCCUUGGUGUCAUAGAAAACUACAUUCCUAACCUCAUAACUGUGUUAACUCUCUGCUAACUCUGACCAAGACUUUGGGGUUUUGUUUUUUUUACUCAGUGGUGAGUUCAAAAAAGGGAUAAAUUAAAACAUGUGUGUGGUUUUUAAAAAUUUAAAAUAAAUAAACUCUCAAGGAAAGGGAGAA